CUUUUAUUUUGAAAAUGCUAAAGACCGGUGUGAUUUGCCACUGUUGGGCGUGGCCUGUCUUCAUGUUUUCGUUGCAUUGGUUGCAGUAGCAAAACAAAUCCAAUGUUAAAUGUACUUCUAUCUGCCGCGCGACGUUUUCAUUAGAAAUUCACCGAGGUUUGUGGAUCCCUUCGUAAAGUAGGAAGGAGGAAGCAGAGUGGCUUUGCUUUUGACGAGGAAAAGAAAGUAAAACCACUCAACUCCACAUUUCUCUUCUGGAUCAGCUGGGGUGGAGGAGUGGGAGCAAGUCGGGAUGUUUGCCCGGAAAAACAAGCGAGCAGCGCCUAAAGGCCAAGGAGCAGCAGCAGCCAAACAGAUGGGACUGUUGCUUGAUUUCAAGCCAGAUGAUAUGAUGGCCAUGGAGCAAGAUCUGGAUGAUCCAGCUUUAGAAGCUGAAUUUGCUGCCAUUGUUGGGAAGAAACCCAAUGCGGCUGCCAGGGGGAAAAAGGCGGGCAAAGCUCCAUUACCAAUGGAGGAUAUUGAAAAAAUGGCGGAGGCGUGCAUGAAAGACAUUGAUGAUGAUGAUGAUGACAGUCUGGAGGAGGAUGAAGACCUCUUGGCCGAGCUCCAGGAAGUGGUUGAUGAGGAGGAAACGGAAGACUCAGGUGCCGCAACGCCAACCUCCCCUGUUAGUGCGGAAACUCCUUCAGCAGAAACAAAACCAGCAGCCCAGGACAUUAAGGUUUCUUCAGUGCCUGGAAGCAUCGAACACACCUUAGAGGAGAGAAUCAACCUGUAUAGGAUGGCUGUUACCAAUGCCAAAUCUGCAGGGACCUCUAAAGCUCGGAGAUAUGAGAGAGGCCUCAAGACACUACAGACUAUGCUGGCAACAGUGCGAAAAGGGGGGAAGAUUGACGAAACCGAGAUUCCCCCUCCAGUUGCAUGUGGAGCAUCUGGUGGUCCAAGUCAGCCCCCUGCCCCUGCGGUGUCACCUGAUCAGCACGGGGAGAGUGACAGUGCUGUCGAAAUUUCUCCCGUCUCCGCGGAAGCCGCCGCUGUUGUCAUGGAUCCAUCAUUAAACACUAGAGACGAGUCCUCCGGUGUAACGUCUCCGGCUUCCCUGUCAUCUCCAGAAGGGGAACACGCAGGAAGUGGCGCUGAAUUGCACUUAGCCUCUACAGCCGGACAGCCCACCAAAGACGUUCUGCUGGAGCGACAGAAGGAGUACAGGAUGGCAGCUCUCAAGGCCAAACAAGCAGGAGAGAUUGACCAAGCCAAAAUGCAUAUAAAGACCAGUAAGGGAUUCGAUGCAGCAAUUGAGGCUUUGGAGAAAGGCCAGCUGGUGGAUGUGAGCUCCCUUCCGCCCCCUCUCUCUCAAGCAUCAACUGUUACUCAAGCCGCACCUCAGACGGCUGUUAAAGUCUCGCCUUCAGCUUCUGCAGGCAGCAUUUCUGGCCCAUCUCAGCCCAAUACUGUUCUUGAAGCUCUGGAACAGAGGAUGGCCAAAUACAAAGAGGCCUUCACACAAGCUAAAGCCAGUGGGGAUGAGCGCAAAGCCCGCAUGCAUGACCGCAUUGCUAAACAAUACCAGGCUGCCAUACGUGCCCAUAAAGCAGGUCGACCUGUCAAUUAUGAUGAACUUCCCGCCCCUCCAGGCUUUCCUCCAAUCCCAGGCCAGAAGGCCGCUUCUCCAGAGCAGGGAUUGGCUGCUGUCCUGGAAACUGCCAAUAAGCUGACGUCUAAUGAAGCUGAAGCUGAUGAUGGUGAAGAGGAAGAUGAAGAGGAGAAGGUUAAGGCUCCAAAAGUAGUAGACCAAAAGAAGCCCACUCUUGCAGUACAGCCUACAGUACAGGAGCCCAAGAGGACUCCUUCACCUUCCCCAGACAGAACAUCCAAAAGAGGAAGUCUGCCUGAAACUGCUCAGCAGCAGCUGGAGUUUCUGGAGGACCGCAGAAAGCAAUACAUGAAAGCAGCUCUGCAGGCAAAGCAGAAGAAUGACCUAGAGCAGGCUAAGACCUUCCUGCGCACAGCAAAGGGUUUGGACCCCAUGAUAGAAGCCGCCCGCAGUGGCAAGACAGUGGACGUAAGCAAGCUGCCUUCACCGCCUGGAGAUGAGGACGAGGACUUCAUUCUAGUCCAUCACCGUGAUGUUCAGAUCUCAGAGAAAGCUGAGGAGGUCUACACUCAACUCACCAAACUACUCAAAGAGCAACAUGAGAAAUGUAUGACGUACUCCAAGCAGUUCACACACAUGGGGAAUGUUGCAGAAACAACCAAAUUUGAGAAAAUGGCUGAACAAUGUAAAAAGAGCCUGGAGAUUCUUAAACUGGCGCAGAACAGGGGGCUUCAGCCUCCUAAACAUCACUUUGAGGAGAGAACAUAUCGCACUGUCAGGAUCUUUCCAGAGCUCAGUAGCACAGACAUGGUUGUUGUCAUUGUUAGAGGGAUGAACCUUCCUGCUCCCUCUGGUGUUGCAACAAAUGACUUGGAUGCCUAUGUUAAGUUUGAUUUCCCAUACCCCAGUACAGAACAACCUCAGAAAAAUAAAACAUCAGUCAUCAAAAAUACCAACAACCCAGAGUAUAACCAGAGCUUCAAACUGAACAUCAACCGUAACCACCGUGGCUUCAGGAGAGUUGUACAGACUAAAGGCCUGAAGCUGGAAGUGCUGCACAAAGGUGGCUUCCUGAGGAGUGACAGGCCGGUAGGAACAGCCCACCUUAAACUGGAGAAACUGGAAACUGAAAGUGAAGUGAGAGAGAUAGUGGAGCUUAUGGAUGGGCGAAAGGCCACAGGCGGUCGUCUGGAGGUGAAGGUGCGUCUCAGAGAGCCACUGGGUGGGCAGGACCUCCAGACUGUCACAGAACGAUGGGUGGUGUUAGAGGAGCCACAGGUACUGCUGUAACUGACACUGAUUUCAUCUUCACAAAGUGUUGAGGUCUCAGCGGUUUUAUCAGAGCUGAUGAAGUUAUGGACGUUGAAAGCUCAACCGUGCUGCUAUCCUUGGGUACAAACCAAGUGAUGGUUUCUCAAUGUGCUCUCUGUGCUUUGAACCGUUCACAGAGAGACAUUGUCACUGACAGAGGCCGUUAGCUUCGUGUUUGUCAGGGUAAAAGAGGUUGGACCUGGAUGUAACAGUUGGGGUGGUUAUUAAAAAUACAGGAGGUAUUAAUAAAAGGAGCGGGAAAAUGUGCACAGACUUGCGUGAGAUUGAUAUGCCUUUUAAAUGGGCUUUUUGAGAUAGAUUGCCUCUUGAUUGUAUAAUAAAGCUCACCCCAACUGUUACAUUAAUCCAUUGGAGCUGAAGCCAAUGAGAGCUAACCUUUUUUUUUUUUUUUUACUGCUCUGGGAUGCACUUAUGCACUAAUGCCAAAGUAAUCACUGCUGCUGCAGUAAGAUGAAUGACUUAAUCUGUUCACCCUUAAAAUAGAACCUGUUUCUGUCAUAUCUCCAAUACUAAUGUAUGACUGCUAUGCAAAUGAGUUAUACACGAUCAGCUAUGCAAAAAGGUUUGUGUUUGAAUCCCAAACAUUAUUUCAGACAUUUCAAAACUUGUUUACACUCUAUUUAUACAGAUAGGCUGUGCUAAAGUACUGCUGUUAAAUAUGAUAUUCCUUAUGAAUGCCAUUAAAGCCAUAAACCAGCUUGUA